AUGAAUGCCGGGGACGCCAUGCAGCGUCUCUACACACGAGGAUGGCUCGGCCUCCCCUCCCCAGCUCAUGCCUCAGAUGUGCAGCCCCUGCUCACCGGCGCCCUCUGCGUUCAGUAUCGCUGUCCCGGCGGACCAUGCCGGGUUACCCCCCCCACAGUUUCCACCCUCGUGAGGGGCCUUCGCUGCACGGCUGUAAUGUGUCCUAACCACUCGCGCUCUCGCCUGCUGCGGCACUCCUUAGGCACCCAGACCAAACCCUCCCCCACCUAA